GUUUUUGUUGAUCUCUUUCAACAAUAAUUAAAAUAACCCAAUGAUUUAUAAAAAUUAAGUUAAAUUAAGUAAAUAUGAACAUAGACGAACAUAACGCUUACGGAAAUGGAUUAACUUACGUCGGAUUUAAUCAAGAUCAAGGAUGUUUUGCUUGCGCUACAGAUACCGGGUACAGGAUAUACAAUUGCGAUCCAUUAAAAGAAAAGCAAAAACAACAUUUUUCCGAAGGUGGUUUGAGUUACAUAGAAAUGCUGUUUAAGUGUAAUUAUUUAGCGUUAAUCGGAGGCGGGGAGCGACCUUUAUACGCCCCAAACAAAGUGAUAAUUUGGGAUGAUCUAAAUAAAACGACCCCGAUUAAUUUGGAGUUUAAGGAUCGCGUCUUAGCCGUGCGGUUACGAAGGGAUCGAAUUGUCGUUGUUCUUGAAGCAAUCAUCAAAGUUUACACAUUUACGCACAAACCCCAACAAAUUCACGUCUUCGAAACGUGCCCAAACCCAAAGGGUUUGUGCGUUUUAUGUCCAAAUAGUAAUAAUUCAAUGUUGGCUUUUCCAAGUCGAGGAAUUGGAAGGGUUCAAUUGGUUGAUUUGGCAAACACUGAAAGACCAUCGUUGGAUGUUUCCGCUCAUGAGGCAAAGAUUAAUUGUAUCGCUUUAAAUUUGCAAGGAACUAGGUUAGCCACGGCUAGUGAGAAAGGCACUUUAAUCCGCGUUUUUGAUACAUUGGAUGGACAAAAAUUGGUUGAGCUACGUCGAGGGGCUAAUCAAGCUACAAUUUAUUGUAUUAAUUUUAAUCACUCAUCGACUUGUUUGUGCGUAUCAUCCGAUCAUGGAACUGUUCAUAUCUUUUCGUUGGAUGACCCAAAAUUAAAUAAACAAUCAUCUUUGGCGAAUACUUCGUUUUUACCUAAAUAUUUCUCGUCGAAUUGGUCAUUUUGUAAAUUUUCUGUUCCUAAUGGACCUCCUUGUAUUUGUGCUUUCGGCGCGGAUUCAAAUUCAGUUAUCGUUAUUUGUGCUGAUGGUUGUUAUUACAAGUUCGUUUUUACUACAAAGGGUGAUUGUACGCGAGAAAUAAGUGCUCAGUUCCUCGAUAUGACUGAUGAGAAGAAUUAAAUGUUUUAAUUUAUUUUGUAGGUUAGUUCUUGACAGAUUUAAUUUUUGACAGAUUAUUUU